CCUUGCCUGUGCUGCGACAAACUAUUUGACUAGUCUACAUGAAUGCAGCCAGCACGGACAGUACCCCCCCAGGACACAUUUACGUGAUCUAAAUGCAUGCGGUUCUCUCACUUCAUCAUCACUUGAGUGAAAACACCAAUGGAGAGGUAACUUUGCGCUCGGGUGGUUCAUACUGUGUCUUUGAUCACGAAAAUGGACACUGCUGGAUCAUGGAUCAAAUGCAAAACGUUUCUUUUUUAUCUAAUGGUUGUCAACUACAUAUUUUUCUAUGGAAUGCCAUUUUCCAAUAUGGCCGAUGCUAGCCAAGCUGCCAGCAACCAAGACAAGUGGUCCAAUAUGACCUUGGUGGAGCGGCACCCUCUGUCCUCCUGGUACCAGAGAUCUCAUUGGCUUGGCAACAACAAACCAGGCGCUACACAUUCUCCACACAGACGCCUCACACCACUGUCCUUCUCCAGACCUGUCUAUUCUUUUCAAGUGAGAGAGGACACACAACCAGGAACGAUAGUGGGGAACGUGGAAGCAGGAGAGCACAGCAAAGGGUUGACGAACACCAUCUUCUCUGUGUUGGAGGACGAUGGGGAGGGUCUGUUCCUGCUCAGCCCUCUCUCUGGUGACUUUCUGCUGUCACGCUCCCUGGACUACGAAACCCAGAGACUCUACAUCCUGACAGUGGUAGUGAAGCAUGGGGACAUAGGGGCCAGCAGAGUCAGGGUCUAUUUUAACGUGCUGGAUGUCAACGAUAACCUUCCAGUGUUCAGACUGGACUCUUACUCUGUCUCUGUACCAGAGGACAGCCUUGUUGGAGCCUGCUUCCUCUCUCUCAAUGUCUCCGAUGCGGACGACGGUAUGAACGGAGAGGUGAACAUAGAAGUAACAACCGGAGAUGGCGACACUACAUUCUCGAUCAACCCAGACGGAGCUCUCUGCCUAAACAUAGUGUUAGACAGAGAGAGCAGCUCAGACUACCAUCUGACAGUCCAGGCUACCGAUCGUGCUCUGUCCAUUUCUAGACGCCUCACUGCCACAGCCCGUGUUGUCGUCAAUGUAGACGAUAUAAACGACAACGUGCCGUCUUUUACGUCAGCCCGUAGUGUCACCAUCCCAGAAGACACUGCUCUCCAGACUGUUGUCAUGGUGAUACAGGCAGUGGAUGUGGACUCAGGAUCCAACGGGGACGUCGUCUACACUCUGGAGAACACGUCAGUCAGUGUGUUCAGUAUCAACCGUACUAGUGGUAGUCUGUACCUGCAGCAGCCUCUGGACAGAGAGCAGUUGGAUACGCUGACUGUCACUGUGACAGCCACAGACAGAGGCACUCCUCCGCUGGCCUCCUCUAUGGACCUCACAGUGCAUGUAGAGGACGUCAACGAUCACAACCCAGAGUUCACACACAACUACUACAGCCUGGCAGUCAGAGAGGACACCCCCAGAGGAACCAGCCUGUUGCAGCUCCGUGCUCUGGAUGGGGACAUUGGCUUUAACGGACAGGUGUGGUACUAUGAGCUGUCCCAGGGUCAGAAGAAAGACAAUGGGUCUAAUGGACAGGUGCGCUACCAGCUGUCUCAGGGGAGUCAGUUCCUGGUGGACUCAGUCCGAGGUGUCGUCUCCCUGAUAGACAGGCUGGACAGAGAGAGAGCCUCCUUUCACCUGCUGGCCGUCACAGCCAUGGACCAGGGCAGCAUGCCCAGGUCAGCCACUGCUGUGGUCAACAUCACUGUCCUGGAUGUCAAUGACUGCAGCCCGCUGUUCUCUCCAGACACACUGACGCUUCAUGUGUUGGAGAACGGCGGAGACCCGUCUCAGCUCUCCCACCAGGUAUCAGCUAGGGAUGAGGAUCUAGGGGUGAACAGCCAGCUGAGGUACUUCAUAGGUAGAGGAGACGGGGAGGGUCUCUUCUCUCUGUCUCCAAACGGCACCUUUCACAUGCUACAGAGCCUGGACAGGGAGGUGACAUCACUCUACACGUUAGACAUCAUGGCUGUCGACUCAGGCCUGCUGCCUCUGACAGGGACUGUGACAGUCCAUGUUGUAGUGGACGAUAUGAAUGACAACCGGCCAGUGUUUAGUGAGGAGGUCUACACCACCAUUGUCUCUGAGGAUAGCCCUGCAGGCACAGUGUUUGCCAUGGUCACUGCCUAUGACGCGGAUGAUGGUGUCAAUGGACAAAUAAGGUAUUCCAUCGAGAGUGUUGAUGGACCCUUCUCUAUUGAGGACACGUCUGGGGAGCUUUUGACCACUGGCGUGCUGGACAGGGAGGCGGUGGCAAUCUACAGACUGACUGUGGUGGCCAGGGACACACACCCCACACAGCCUCUGUCCAGCUCAGUACAGGUGUCUGUCCUGGUUGCGGACGUCAACGACCACUGGCCUCAGUUCCUCCACAGCCCCUAUGUGGCUAACAUGCCUGCUGGAACUGCUCCAGGGUCUGUUGUGUGUGUGGUGAGAGCAGUGGAUGGUGACUCAGGGAUGAAUGCACAGCUCCACUUCUUCUUAUACGGGCAGAACACUGGCCAGUUCUUAAUCAGCCCACACAGGGGAACCAUUUUCACCUCUGGUGCCCUCACAGUGACAAACGACAUCACUAUUAACGUGCAAGUGGAAGACUGGGCAGACAACCCUAAAUUUGACACAACAACUGUUACCAUCAGGUUCAACGUUCUCAUCUUUAUUUGUCUACUUUUGGAGUUGUGGGGAAGGGGUGUAUAA